GCAACUUUUUCUAUCGAUUAGUCACUAUUUAUCUAACCUAAAGUUUUAUCAAUUUGGUACAUUUCAGGGUGUAUCCUAUUUUUGAAAAUAAUGGCAAAGAACACAUUCAGUUCGGCAUUUCGAAAAAUCGACGUAGAUCAGUAUAACGAAGAUAAUUUCAAAGAAGACGAAGGUGAUCAAAGUGGACCGACGGGACCUAAUGAAAACGAAAUUAUAACCCUACUUAAUCAAGGAAAAAAUGCAGAAGCACUACGAGCAGUUCUCAGUAAUGCACCACUAGGAUCGAAAAACCAACAAAUAAAGGAUCAAGCUUUAAACAUAACUCUACGAGUCUUGUUGUCCAUAAAAGGGUCACAAAUUGACGAAAUAGUACAAAGUCUCGACCCGGAGCUUAUAGAUGUUCUUAUGAAGUAUGUGUAUAGAGGAUUUGAAAUCCCUGCAGAAGGAAGCAGUGGUCAUCUACUAAUGUGGCAUGAAAAGGCGUACAGUGUAGGAGGAGUGGGAUGCAUUGUAAGAGUAUUAUCAGAUAGUAAACGAGCGUAGGUAUUGUAAAUAUGUUAUCGUAAUAAAAUAAAUUUUUCUUUUUUAUAAAAAAAA